AGAACUAAGGAGUCAUGAAUAGGGACUUGGCGACCCUGGCCGUGGCGUCCCUGUUGGCCCUGGGCGCCAUCUCGCCGCCGGAGGCCGAGGCCGCCGCCGCCGCCGCGCCCGAGCCCUGUUGUGGUCGCUUCGCCGCCGGUGCGCUCGGCUUUGCUGGGGGUUACCUCAUAGGUCACCACCGCCAUGGAUGCGGAGGAUGUGGAGGAGGAUGUGGAUGGUGCGGAGGUGGAUGGUAUGGGCGCAAGAGGAGGAGUCUCGACGAGGUGAUGGAUGAGGACACUUUGGAGGAGAUGUACUGGAAGAUCGCCUCGAAGGACAGCGACCAGUGCGGCCUCCGCCUGGUGUGCGAGCUGGCGCAGAAGGACCCGCGGGAACUGGAGGACGACGAGAUCGUGUUCCUGCUGCCGUACAGAGGGCGCGAGGAGAGCGACGAGACCACCUCCUUCGGCAAAUACGACAAGGCGGUGUGGCACGGGCAGGAGGGCAACCCGUGCCACAAGAUCUACCCUCUGUGUGUCUUCCCCAACGCGGAGAUCUUGCUGCACCUCCGGACCAACGCCACCCUUGCGCUGGACUGACCUCUGUGGCCUCGUGGAAGGGGCGGCGAGGUCUUCCCUUCUUCGUCGACGCUGUCUUCAGGUUUCAUUCAGUUUUGGAUUUGAUCUGAGAGCUUUGCACUUCUUUGAGUGAUUUGUAACGAUUAUUGUCAUAAUUCUGUUUCUCCCGUCUUCUGUUCGACUAAAUAAAUUUCGGCAUUUGAAAAAAAAAACACCAUCUCCUUUCCUU